AGAUAGGGGGUGCUUUCAAAAAGAGGGAACAAGCAUAUGCGUACCCUAAAUAACACUGAGUGGGGGGGGGCGGGGCCAUACUAUCCUGAAGAGCUCUCACUUCAAGUAGAUGUCGUUCUUGUUUUCAAAUUUGCUUCCAUUCUUUCGAGUCCAUGAGCCCGACAAAGUCGAUUAUUAAUGCGGUGCUUCUGAAAAGUUAUCUAAAAGUUACAAACAAGACCGACGGCCCACGAGACUGAUGAGCCGGUCUCACGGGCUAUAUAACAGCUUUUCUUUGGGCUAAAAAAAAAAUCAAAACAAAAGAUCUCAAAGGUUGUUACUCUAAUGUGAUAUCCGUUUCUUUUAAUCAAUUCCAUAAUCACCCCAACAGUAAUUGUUGAGUUAUAAUGAAUGUUCGAGUACCUUUCUGAGUAUUUCUUAUAAAACAUGAAAUUAUUUGUAAGCCGGAAAGCAAUCGACAUUGAAGGUGUAGGGGUCCCAUGGUAUAGUGGUACACUCACUUGACCCUGUAUCCAAGGAUUAAGGGUUCGAAUCCCAGCCCGACACUGACGUCAUAUGGCAAGACAGUACUCCAUAUUUGCCACGGAUGAGGCUACCCUAGGUAAACAUGACCAUAAUUAUCAUUAUCAUUAUUAAUUAUUAUUGAAGUAAUAUGAAAUACAUCAAUAUCUCGAUUCAUAGACAAACAAAGAAUUUUAGAUAAAACUGGAGCAAUUAUAUGUAUGUAAUUAUAUUCUAAGUAUGCCUAUGACGUAAUUAUACAUCAAAGUGAUGUAAUUAGUGGUGUUUUUUUUCUUCUAAGCUCUGUUAUGUAUUAAAUCUUACCUCAAUUACCUAUAAAUGUAUUCGACUAUUACUCUCAGAAGAAUUUUUUUUGUAAAACCUUAUUGUACAGCUGUUAAUGAUUCCUUUUUUUUUCCUUCUUCUUCUUAAUAAAGAAAGGUGUCGGCGUUACCUCGAAGUAUUUGAGUUUUCGAGUUUUAAACUGAAUACAAUCUUUGUCCUGACUUACCACCCGCUAUUUGAAAUAUUUAGAAAGCCACCAAGAAUUAUUGUGCUUCCAAGAUUAAAUUGAGUAAAUGAUUUCAUGUUUUCCGGGUGAGAAUUUGUUGGUAUGUAAAUGAUAUGUUGUUAUUAUAGCAUGCACGUAUUUACCUUUAAUGAUGCACUUUCCCUUUAAAGUUACUGGUACUUGGUAUAUCUACUUAUAUCUCUUUGACAUUUUUUUUAUGAUGUCAAGUAGAGUUUAUUACGUUAAAGGGCCAAAUUUCGAGGGGUACUUUCUUUGUAUCAUUUUGUAGGAUCUACCUGGUAGUAUGCAUUUCACAACUUUAAGACUAAGGGGAAAUCUCAAAAAAGAAUUGAGAAGCUUCAGGUGCUGGAAUUAGGACAGGAAGUGGACUGUUGCCAAGAGGAGGGUUGAAGAAACCAGGAAUAGAUUAUGUGUGCAUAUAUUGUGUUAUCGAAAGAAUACGAACUUAUUCUACGAUACAUUAUUUGAAACAAUAAUCAAUUCAGACGUCUGUAAACUUGUGACUACAGCCAGUCUGACUAGUUGAAGUGACUACAGCUCAUGGAUAUGAUUGGAUAUGCAGAUUGAUAUAGGAAGAAAUAUUUUAUAAGGCUCCUGCAAGUUGUGCAUCUGAUUUUAUGAAGAGAGAUUAAGAAAUUAUCAUCACAAUCUAGCUAGGUGCAGUCGACCAUUAUUUUCUUUAUUAAAACGCAAGAUUCUAUGAAACAUGCUAUCCAACAAUGACCACUGCAGAUAUUAGUAGGGCUUAUACCUGUGACUACAGCCUAUCGAAUUGAUCGAAGACGACGAUUGAUAGAAGAAAACAUAUUUUUUCUUCAGUUUCAUGCAAGUUUUUCCUCUGACUAAGGAAGAAAUUUAAGAUAAACUCACCGUUGCCUUGAAGUAUCAUUACUUUCUUCGUGGACAAAACCAGAUAUUUUCUUCAUAAAACCGUACAAUUCUGUGAAACCAUGGCCACUGGCGACGACGGCAUACUUGGUUCGGUCCAAUCAUCAUUGUCGAUAUCUUCGAUGGAAACCAAGUUCGAUGAUGUCGAGGGUAAUGUGGAGAACGACGUCGAGGACGACGUGGAGAACGGAGAAUCUGUGAUCGAACAGGAUAUACCUGUCCCCGCAGUCGCCCAAUCCGGUGCCAUUUCGGACACAAUCGACGGCAUCGAAGACAUGCUGAGCGGUGACACGACCACGGCCGACGGGACAGUCAUCCCGCAGGGGGUCAUAGUAAACAUCGCCUGUAUCCUAUUCGGUGACUUUGCAGCGACGUUCAUCGCUUGUGCCAUCGUAACCAAUAUCGCCAUUUUCGGGCAGCAGUUCUUGCACUACGACGGCCACGACGUCGAGAAGACGAACCUGGUCGUCAUGGGAAUCGAUGCCGCGUUCUAUCUGCUGACGGGAUGUGUUACGGACUGGUUUGGAGGUUACUCCACAGCCAUGCAUAUCUACGGAAAAUUCUGCUUUAUAGGAACCUGUAUCUUACCUUUGCUUACGUUCAACUGGUCAAUCAUUGGUCCUACAUAUGGGAUAUCUGUUCCAAUUCGUCGUAUAUUCUUCUAUGCGGCCCGAAUCGUCACAGGCUUAGGCGUGUGUGGCAUCCAAGCGACUUCGCCUCCCUUCGCGGCGAGGCAGAUCGAGAAGUAUGGAAGUGCGAGCGUCCAAAGUUGCUUUCACUACAUUUACAUAGCAAUCCAGUGCGCCCCUCUUCUAGCCUUGACAGGUUUGUCCUUUGUCCAGCUCAACGUGUCAUUCUUAUGUGGAUACCUGUCAACUGUAGCUUUCAACAUCUUCACCAUGCUGCUGUUCAAGUAUGUCCGGACUGAGGUUCGUCAGAGCAUCCCUGACAAAGGAAAUGCAGCUGCUUCGAUCCUGGCAUGUGCAGCCCAUGAAAUAAAGAGUAAGCUUGCAACGUGCUCCACAUUUUGCCACUGCAGCUGUUGCCCCAAUCUCUGCUCUUCCGUCCAAUCUGACGAUGAAGAAAGUAUGCAGCUCCUUUGUGAGUGCGCUCCAAAGUACAUCUCGACAUCUGCUAACGGUACAGAUUUAGUGAAGCCAUCAUCAUCUUCAUCAUCAUCAUCAUCAUCGAAGGACAAAUCCUCAACUACCGAUCCAGCAACCACGACAACUACCUACGAAAGCAUCGAACUGUCCGUAGCGAAACCUGACAUGUCAGCCAACGCUUCAAGAAUUGAGUCGGAGGACACAUCCUCUAACGACGUUCCAGCUUACACAAUAAAUAACAACGGAAGCACUAUAACAACCGUAGCUAAGCCGCCUACAACGCCUAACCUGUCAGGAAAUGCCUUGAAGAAAAGAUCCGCUACCAUCAAUUCAGCAACAACGACAACUACUUACGGAAGCACUGAACAGUCUGAGCUAGCUACGUCUACCGAAAUUCUUUCUGAGUCAUUCCGCCAUUGUUUGUGGGUCGGUUACGCAAUGUUGCUUCUCUCUUGCCAAGUACCGUACAGUAUCAUGCGUUACCAGAUUGGCACGUCCUAUGUGAGUCAGGCGAUGCGGAUGAAGCCGUCGAUAUUAGGGCAAAAUAUUAGCCCCUCUCUCCUUCAGCAAUGCUUGCCUCUGGUAGGCAUCGCUAUCACCCCUGUCGUUAAUGUUUACAUCUACCCCUACAUCAGUACAAAAUUUACCACACUGACGAUGGCGAAGAGAAUCAUGCUCGGCAUCAUCUUGGCGACGCUGUCUGUCUUUUGCGCCGCCAUCGUUGAGACGGCUCGGAUGAUGUUCAUCGAGCGAGGCGACUCCUUCGUCCAGGAGAUCAACAACCAAACCAUUGUCGCUUCGACCCUGACACUCGAUGUCCUCAUUCCGCAGUUUGUUCUUAUUGGUACGGCUGAUGUCUUCAUAUACAUCACAAGUUUGGAAUUCGCUUUCAGGCAAGCUCCCUGCACCAUGCAGGCAAUCGCCACCGGCAUUUUCUUCUUCUACGCAACCAUUGGGCGUAUCGUGGCCGCACUUAUCGUUCCUCUUAUAAACAACAUCACGGCAGCUGACCCAUGGUAUCCACAAGAGAUCAACGAUGGACAUCUCAACUACUAUUUCCUCGUCUUGACCGCCAUAAGCUUGACAAAUCUGAUCACCUACAGCUUGAUGGUGAAAGGUUACGAAGAGGUGGAUCAAUACCUGUGUCCCGACGAGGAAACCUUCGGCGGUGGAGAAACCCCCAGCGGUUCCUCAACUCCUGCAACAGUGACAGCAGGCACACCCACGUCAUCACCGAAUCCUCCAGAGGCACUUCUUCAACAGGUGGCAUCUAUCGCGUCUUAAGACUAAUUGUGGUCCACGACUGGAUGCAUCAGCUACAAUUGAUCCGCCAUCAAUAUCCUACUGAUAGGAAGGGGUGGAUUAAUACUUGUGUCCCAACGAAGAAACCUAUGACGGUGGAGACACCACUAGCAGUUCUUUAACCCUUAUCCCCAUUGUGCCAAGCCCAAAUCCCCCCGUGCCAGGUUGUUUUGGAGAUAAUCUGAUUAACGCGAUGGUUCUACGAAUAGCGCGUGCAAAACACACAGCACAGUCCAAUAGCAUGAACAAUAACUGCUAUUACGAAUGCUUGCUUGCACGCACAUGGCAGUGAAUCAAUGGUUAGCUCGCAGGUACAAAGCACUAUAAUGGUAGCGUGCAUGAAGCCUCAUGGCAUGCUAUGAGUUAACCACUGGAACAUUGAUAUCGGACAGACCCGACCCGUCGAGUCCACCAGAGGCACUUUCACAUCUACUAUGUCCUCCGUUUAACUGAAGAGACGCCAUGGCUCAUUGUGGUAGGACAGUGUAUCGUUAUGUAACCGGGAGGCACUGGUUUCGAAAGCAAAUCGAUGCGCUAGAACUGUUUGGUUAAGCAUUAAUCCUCAUUAAAGUCUCUUAGAAAGAGCUUACAGCCGUUGGUCCCUUGGUUGCUUACUAUACACAUACACAUUAGCAGUCAGGUAAAACUAACCACUAAAAUUAAUAGUGGUCCUUAACACAUAUCAUACAUACCCCCCCCCCCCCCCCGUGGACGAUUACACUCCCUAACCAGAGGGACAAUUACCCCUCUCUACAAUUUACCCCCGUAGGACAAAUACGCCCCAAGGACAAACACCCUCGUGGACAAAUACAGCCCCCCCCCCCCCCCCAGGGAAAUCCAUCCUGAUAAUAAAUUGGUUUUAAUGAAAGCAAUACAAAUUCGAGUGGGGGUUGUCCAAGAAGAUAAUUAUCCUCGGGGGGGGGGGUAAUUUUUCUAGGGGUAUUUUUCCAGAGGGUUAUUGUCCUCGAGGGGGGAGGGGUAAUUUUCCGGGGGGAUGGUAAUUGUCCUUUGGGGGUAAUUGUCACGCUGGUAGUUUGCAGGGGGUGCUUGCCCAGGGGAUAAUUGUCUUAAGAUCCUAAGGGUGUUGAAUGUUUUAUGCAAAGUUAAAUCGCACUAUGAAGGGACGCAUGUUCAAUGUGCAUACUGUCCUCAAUGAAACUAAUUUUUAAACAAGAACUUGGUAAAUUGACUACCGUAAUAGUAUUGUUUUAAGACUAAGCUAUGAAAUAUAUGAUUAUAGUUAUAGUAUAGUUAUUAUGUAUAUGAAUUAUACCUCUGAAAUGUAUGAUGUUUUGAAUGACUGUAAUAUUUGGGGAGUAUUUCAUAAAGCCUAAAUUUUAUUUUAAAAUCGAUCCGAUCAAUUGUUCAAUAUGUAAGAUAUGAAAUCGAUUUUAGUUCAAUUCUCCCCAUUGUUUCUUAUUCUUUCUUUUUUCCAUUAUUGAACAAGAAUAUCUUACAGAUCCUCAUGUUCAUUAAUAUUUGUGCGAUAUUCUAAAUCAGACCUAAAGGUUCAAUAAAUGUGCUUAUCCAAGCAUGACUAUUCCAAAUUCGAUCUUAAUUAUAUUGGAAGGGGAUUAAUUUCCCUUUAAUUUGAUGUAUAUUUUAUCGACGGUUUAUAUGAAACUUUUGAAAAAUAAAGUGUCCACUUAAAUUUCAUUUUCAUGA